ACAAAAUGGCUGACAGACGCUUCAAAUAUUUACUUUUCUAUGAAAAAUAACUUUUCAUGUUUAAUUUUCAAAUCUCCAAAAAUAAAAAUAUAGACAAAUGAAAAAAUGAUAUUAAAUAUUUUCAUUGUGUUUAGAUUAAAUAAAUAGAGUGACUUAGAAAUUAGAAAUACGCGAGGAACGUAAUCAUCUUCUUAGUCUUCUAACAUCUUUUUUAAAGUAACGACUAGAUAGAGUCUACGACCUGUUAGUGUUACGUACGUCUGUACUACUCUGUCUGCAAAAUAGAAAAUCGUAGUAAAGGUACUGUGAAUAUGCACAUACACACAGUAGAUUAACAAUUAUAAAAGACCUAUAAUAGUGACAAUUGGAAUUAGAUCUAAAGAGAAGUUCAUUUCAAACAAUGGUACUAACAGACUUACCUUUUGAUAAAAGUAAACUUUUACAUUCACGAUAUAAUUUAAUAAGACGUCCAGAGAGUGCCCCUAACCCUUUCAUCUCCAAGGAAGAAGAAAGAAAUGAUGCUGAAGAAACUAAAGAAUAUGCUGCUUUUUUAAAAGCUCAAGAAAGAAAAGUUGGACCCAGUGGUUUUCUGGACUCCAAUCGAUAUAGUUAUACAUAUUCUCUUAAGAAGGAUAAACAUAAAACAACCCCUAGGUCAAAAUCUAGAUAUGGAACAACUCCUGAAAAUGUUGUCUUAUUUUCUUCUUACAUGCAAGACAAUGAAAAAGAUUAUCAAAAGAAAAUGCGAGUCAUUGAGGACCAUAUGUGGCAACACAAACAAGAAGAAAGAGAACUCAAAAGAAUAGAAGGAGAUAUCAUAAAAAAUCAACGUUUAGUGAGACACACUUUGAGAGAUUAUGAAAAUGCUGUAAAUAAAAAGAAGUUUUCAGAGGAAAAGAAACUGAAUCACUCUUUAGAGAGAUUCACUUUAAUGUCUAGAGAACAUUUGCAUAAAAAGGAAGAGGAAUCUAAAAAGCGUACUCUCUGUAAUAGAACAGAUAACCUUGCUCAGAAAGGUACCUCUAGAAGACAAUAUUUAAGACUAUCUGACCUUGAACGUCUCUAUAUUGCAAAAAGAACUGCUAUUGAAUUAAAAAGGUCAGAGGUAUUGAGAUUGAGUCAAGAUUUUGAGGCUAAGCUAAGGCAUAAAGAGCAAGAGCAACAUAGACUGAAGCAAGAAUUAGCAGACUUGGCCAUCACUCUGAACUUAGAAACCCAGAAAGCAAGAGUACAUAAAUUCGAGUUCAAAAAGGAAAAAGAAAAGGAGAAGACAGAUCAUAUACAAGAAGACCUUAGUGCACAAAACACUCUUGAAAAAAAUUUAAUGAAUAGCAACAAUGAUAUAAAAGCUUCAAUGAUGAGCAAGAAUCAACUAGAUAUGGAUUUGGCUGUAACUAAAUCACACUUGGAGAUUAAAAAGAGAGAUGAACAACGUCACCUAACUGACACACAGAUUCAGUUAAAUAACAAUUCUAAUGCACAAAGAAAACUCAAUAAUUCUGCUGUGUUUGCUGGUUUGGACCUUAAGGCCAAAAAUAUUGAACACAAAGUUGAUGUUCAUAACAAAAGAAGAUUGUUUAAAUUAAGAAACUAUGUGCAAGAAAAAACAGAGAAAGAAUCUGCUGAGAAUGUUGUUCUAGAGCAGAAGUUCAAAGAGAGACAACUUGAAGCUCAGAGAUACAAACAUGAGGAUGCUCUCAAGUUUUUCAGCAAAAUGGUGAACAAAGGUGAAGAGAAGGAGCAGUCAUUGUUUAGUACAGUGAGAACUGCCGAGUACAACAGGAAACAGCAGGAGCAUUCAGUUCACAGACUUCAGAACAGUCUGGCAGAACAUAAAAGAAUCAAUGCCAACAAAAUCAAGGAGGAGAUGGUCGAGAGACAGCGGAAUGAGGAAACUGCACAGCAUAAACUAUUAAAAGAAAAGUCGGAGCUAGAUAAGGUGCAUGCGUUGAGAGAAGAAAGUUACUGGAAGCUCCUCGAUCACAGAGUACGCUUAAAGGAAGACAAACUCUUGUUACAAGACUACGAGAAGGAACACCAGAGACUUCUCAAAAUAGGGCAAAAGUCAGACGUAUUGACCAUCUCAGCAAGUCCAGCAGAGGCUAGCAAACACUAGUUCUCGGCCCUGGCUAAAAGCUAGAAAUAUCUGAAGAGAGACCUCACUAUGGAAUCAACAAUUUAUGCGAAAUAAAAACAUCAGGAAAUGACUUCUCAAAAAUUAAAAAAAAAAAUUAAAACGUUAUCAUAGGGAGUGACUCUUUCUCGAUUUCAAUUAGUUCAUUAAAAAAAUCUAUUUCUACUUGCCAAAUGUGUUUUAUUAUCGGUGGAUUUAUCAUGAAUAUUAACAAAAAAACGUAGUCUGGUCUCUGUGAUUUCUUUCUCCAUGCACUGUUGGUAUUAGAUUGAUUAUCCCUACAUAAAAAAAAUGAUUUUAUUUCUACAGAAUUUUAAAGGAGGGUGCAUUUAUUAACGUCGUACUGGUGUUGUCAAAGUUCUGAAUCAAGAUAUCUAAUGAAAAGAUGACGUGUUUUUUUAUUGCAAUUCAUUCAUUAGAGUAUCUACAUUUAAUGUCAUCUAUACGUCACUCCUGAUCAAAUGCUUUCAAUGAAUUGGGCUGACAGUAUUUAUUAAUUCUAUUCGCUUACAGCAUUGUCCAUUUUUUUUUGUAAAGCAAUAAUUUAUUGUUGUUGUUGACUUCAUGAUCCAAAAGUCAAUUAUUUCACGUUUACAUUUGAUUUAGAUUUACCAUUUCAAACUUGUUUAGUCUUCUUGACAUUGCAUGGCGACCUCUGAAGUCAUGACAUUUUAGCGUGAUUUAGACCUUGUCAAGUCACGUCUGUGUCAUGUCUGCUAUCUUUUUAUCUUCUCUUAUAUGAUUCAGACGUUACUUCAAAAAAGAAGAUGAUUACGUCCUACGCGUCAUGAUCAAAUGCUAUAAUGACGUAUGUAUGUGAAAUGAGUUUGAUUUGUUCAUGUAGCUCUUACUAAUGUAUUGCUAAAUUGACAUUGUAAUUUAUAUAAAAAUAUUUGUGGGGAUUUUUUGUCGUAGCCGCAAAAUUUUUUUUCUUCUUCUCUACACUGCACGUAUAAUUUAGUAGUUCUUCACCAACUCUGCACUUCAUCUAUUAUCUACUGGCUCUACAUAAUAAUGAUUAUAUAACAGUGUGGUUCAAUAGAAGCUUUUUAUUCUACACAAUGACCUAGAAAUCUAACUGCACUUCAAAUCAAUGUACUAGUUCAGAUCUCAUCUAGGAGACUUUGGUAUUUCAGACUCAAAGUGAAACACAAUAAUCUGCUCUAUAUUUGCGCUUUGAUUUUUAAGAUCCUGCAUAGUCCUCGACACCAAAGUCAGACUGAUAGGCUCCCUGAUCAUGGCCACAUUCUUAUAUUUCUAUAUGCUUGCGAGACUUGGACUCUGACUGCAGAGCUAUAGAGGAGGGAUCCUAGCAAUGAACUUGAGAUGCUACAGAAUGAUCCUAGGUAUCACAUUUAAAAAGACCGCAUCACAAACCAAGAGAUUAGAGACAGAGUUACUGCAGCCAUUGGAUCCCACCAUGACCUGCUAACUAGUGUAAAAAAAAACGCAAACUAAAACUCUAUGGCCAUAUUACAAGGCCUUCGAGGCUCGCAAAGACCUUCCUUCAGGGAACAAAACCAGGGGAAAGAAGAAGAGACAGGCAGUUUUUAAUAGAAAGAAGUACUUUGCUCAAUAUGAAAAUAAUUUUUACUAUUUUUUUAAUAAUACUUUUUUUUUGGUUUAUAUCGAUAUUUAAUUUUGUAAAUUGUUUGUUUUAAAUUGUUUAAAAAAGACACAAGCAUGGAUCCGAUACAUGACUCACUCGCCCUUCAGAUCUGAUUGCUACACUUUGUCAUUAAAUGUUCGUAUGUAUUGAGGAAUCAAAGUUGUUGUAAAAAGCUAAUGGAUCACACUAUGUUUUGUUUGAAAAUUAAAUGUCUCCAAAGGCUUGUAUUUUUAUAAUGACAGCUCAAUUGUAAUUGUCUCAUUCACUGUGUAUAAACUGAAACUUUGCUCUCAGAUUGACGGUGUUAGGCCAGAGAUCAACUUCCAGACUCUCGAACCGUUAGAUCCAAAACGGAUGCACUGAUUGGAUUUUAAGCAAAAGCCUUCGUGUUUUGCACCUUAUAUAGGUCAGGGGCGUAUUUUUUCUACACACGGAUCCAAAAUAUUUCGGGAAAAAAUUAUCAGCUCCCCAAGAUCCCCCCUUCCAACCCCCAAAGCUUGUAGGAGGAAAUUUUGAAAGUUUUUUUAGUGCUACAUUAUAGCUAAUGUCGGCUAAAAGUGAUUUUGUUCAUAGUGACUUGACUAGAAAGCAGCCAUUCUUCAUAUACUCUGAACUAGAUUUUGACAAGUGCUAUCACUUAAUUAAGGAAAUAUACACGUUUCCUCGCGUUUGUUUCGUUCACUCUUUCUAAAACUGUUACUCAUUGUCUAGUAUUGGUGAUUGACCUGGACAUGGGCAGUGCAAGCUUGUAUGUUUAACCCUCCGUCCAAGGCUUUCUUCAAACUUUAACCUUUCCAUGACGCCAGUCCUUUAACCCUCUCGUGCAGUCUAUCAUUUGGUGGGAUUUGAUAAACCGGCCAGGUGAAACUUAACGAUCUUUGCAGACGUCGAUUUCGGUUUCCUUUUCUUUUUUUUUUUUUAAACCAGACAUCGUCUGCUGGAGAUGGCAUCUAGAAUCUACAUUGUUACUCGACCUUCGCGCCAUCUGGUGCACAGUUUACACACCACAGCCUUCGCGUGAGUGUCUUCAUUGGUCACGCCAUUUUGUUUGCCCUCGCUGUCGUGGUAACAUGUAGGAACUGACUGAUCGGCGAAGUAACUUUCCAUUUAUCGUUUGUUAAGUUGGUUUGAUUGUUUUUUCGUCCUAAACUUUUGUUUUAUUUUUAAAUGGUUUUGUUUUAAAUAUGUAGAUCCACACGUGAGACUAUAGUUUAACACGUUUUUUAAAUUGUUAUAAAAAAAAGUUAUAUUGGUAUUGUUUAUUACGGUGAAAAGUUAAAAAAAAAAUAUUUUUUAAAUCACCGACAUUAAACACGUGACGCUAUGUCUAUAAAUAGAAAAAGGGAAAGAAAACGUGGGGAGGGGAAGAAACCAUCACGAUAUCUUACUUAUUAUAUUUUAAUGAAAAUCUUUUAUCUAUCUCGACGAAUUUUAUGUGCAAAUUUGACUUUUCUUUUCUUUUUGAAUGCAGUUACUGCCAAUCUAGUUGUUUUUUUCUGACACUUUAUAAGACACAAUGAUGUAUUGAAAUGUAACUUCUGAAAUUUGUGACAUUUAUGAACAAAUCACCUUUCGAACGAUUCGUUAUUAAAAAUUAUUCCAUUUUCUUAGAUUUUAUGUAAAAAUUGGCUUCAGAUGUGUACAUUGAAAAUUAUUGUGCAAUGUACAUGUUUUUUUUUUUUUAAGAAUUGUUUCUUGUGUAUAAGCAAAUUAUUCUUAGCAAUACCUUUUUUUUUUUGUCAAUGACAGUGUACUUGCCUUCGUUAGUAGACCUACCAAUUAAAUGUGUGGUCUAUUAACAACAGUGUUGACUAUUUUUGUGUGUAAGUUUUCGUGUAUCAAAGGAGGGACUACAAAACAAAACCCCAGUCCUGUGUUGAUUGUAAAACUAGGAGAAUUCCUUCUACAUUCAACCCAGUUCAGUUAUUACACUAACAGGGCCAGACAUAUGGGCUUCCAAUUGGUGGAGGACAGGCACAGGAAUAACAAAAAAUUGCGAAAUUUUGAAAAGUUCUCAGACAUAGUAGAGUACUAUUAACUCUCUGUUUACUAGUCCAACUCUCUACUAUGGCUCUAUGUUUACUAGUGUAGUGUCACGAGUCGAGUCUGUGACCUAUUUCGACCAGUUUCUAGAAGCGAGUUCAAACCAGUGCAAGUGUCCAGCGUAAACAAGUUAAUUUUAGGUAUCCAAUCAAAGAAAGAGGUUAAGGGAAAAAAAUAGCACACGUCAGCUUCUAGAAGGUCAAAGUUACUAAAAUAAUUAGGGGACAAGUUUCCAUGAUUCUGGAAUGUACGAUUAAGAAAGGUAUAAAUUAGGGGAAAGUCAGUUAGACGGGGUCCUCGCAUAGUAGUAGUUCUUGUAGAGCGAUGGUCCUCGCUUAGUCUUCGAUUAGUAAUGAUUUGAUAGAGUUAUAAGUUUUGUGAUAUUAGCGGGUCUAUUAGCUAAAGUUUAUUAGUUGAAGUUGAAGUUAUACUAAGUGAAGUUUCAUGUAUCUUUAAGUUUUAUUUAUGAAGUAUCAAGUCAAGUUGUUAUUGAAUUGAGAAGUCAUUUUAUGCGAAAGUUGAAGAAGUAUUAUUAAAGAAGUUUUAAGAAAAUACA